CCAAAAGCGUAUGUUUCAUUUGCUGACUGUUAAGGUCGUUUGACUACGCCGCAUAUUUAGUCUUUUACUCCGUUUGUUAUCGUUCCGCGGAUCUUGACAGACAAAAUGCAACAUAGCCCAAUCUUAUGGGGCACAUGUAUACCUACAGUCUUUGCCAAAUGUAAACAGAACCACUGAAGAAAGGUGCUGUGUAACCCGGGCAGCUGGACGUGAUCUGCCACCUUAAAUCAGAUGCUGACCGCGCAAGAAACGUAUUCUCCGCCUACUAUGAAGGGAGCUUAGUUAAGAGUUGUGUCACCUACAGCUUUGCGAUUAGAGUGCGUCAAAGAUCCUCACGCGCGCGUCAUGUUAAAGAAUAUGGACUAAUUUGGACUUUGACCAAUUGCAGUUGCGCCUGAGUUGAAGUAUUGCCGAAGCACCGAAGGAUUCAUUGAGAGAUACAUCCCCGCACACAUCUGUGGAUAUACUGUCACAUUUGGAUACAUUUUGUUAACAGUUUAACUUAUAUGCCAAAACUGGCUGGACCUUGGAGAGAAUCACAAACUUUGUCGCGAGGCGUUAAGGUUUUCGCAACAAUUAUUGGCUAUCGAAUGGACCAGCAUCCAAGUGCCCGGAGCUGUACCAGCCGCGGAGCUCCGUCUUGCGAGGCCGUUCCCAGUGAGCCCUCCAUGAAUUUGUACAUCCAUUCUACUACCGGCACCCGCUUCGAGCUCUCCCUUCCACUGGAGGAGACGGUAGAGGGUUUGAAGAGAAGAUUGUCCCAAAGACUUAAAGUUCCUAAAGAAAGACUCGCACUGCUACACAAAGAAACGCGGCUGAGCACAGGAAAACUCCAAGACCUGGGUAUCACUGAUGGGAGCAAGUUAACACUUGUCCCCACCGUCGAAGCAGGCUUAAUGUCUCAAGCAUCCAGACCAGAGCAGUCAGUAAUGCAAGCUUUGGAGAGUUUAACAGAAACUCAGGUCAGCGACUUCCUGUCCGGCCGCUCCCCUCUGACCUUGGCCCUGCGCGUGGGCGACCAUAUGAUGUUCGUCCAGCUGCAGUUGGCGGCGCAACACUCGGGUGGGCAGCAGCUGCAGCACCGGCACCUCAUUUCCCGCGGCGGGCAGGACACCACCGCUGGGGCCAGCAGCAGCACCAACACCACCACCACUACCAGCAGCAGCAGCGGAGUCCCCCGAAUCUCGCACCACCACCCCCACCCCCACCCUCACCCCCACCCCCAUCCACACACCCAUGCCCAUCCACAUGCCCAUGCGCAUGCCCACACCCACGCCAACGGCCAUGCCCACGGUCACACCCAUGCCCACUCUCACCACAUCCACUCUCACCCGGCACCCCCCAGCCCACCGGCCUUCACCCCCUCUGCGCCCAUGCAGUCGCCGGCCUCCAUGUACCCCCACGGCCACCCGGCCUCGGCCUCCACGGGCCACUGCAGUCCUCAGGCCCAUGGCCAUGCCCAUGCCCAGGCUCGCUCCUCUCCACUGACCCCCAGCCUCCUGCGCUCCCACCAGGCCGCCUCUGCCUCUGCCGGCUCCAGCAACCCAACCCCCACCCUAACCCCCACCCCCAGCCCAAGCUCCAGCCCUGCAGCCCCUUGCCCAGAGGCCAACUGCACAGCGAAGAGCCCCAGCGGUAGCAGCUCUGUGGCCUCGGCGCGCUCUCGGAAGCCUGGAGCCAUCAUUGAGAGCUUCGUCAACCAUGCUCCCGGGGUUUUCUCUGGGACAUUUUCAGGCACUUUGCAUCCUAACUGUCAGGACAGCACUGGACGUCCCCGGCGGGACAUCGGCACAAUCCUGCAGAUCCUCAACGACCUCCUCAGCGCCACGCGCCACUACCAGGGUAUGCCCCCCUCCCUCACCCAGCUGCGCUACCAGACCCAGUGCACUCCGGGCUCGCCGUCACCCCCGCCCUCGCCCUCGCCAUCGCCCACGUCACCGACCCCAGCGGUCAGCCUCGCGCCCGGCCUCUCCGCUACCUCGGUGCCCAGCGCCAGCCCGGCCAGCCUCCACCCGCUGGUGCAGUGCCAGAGCCAGAUCCGCAUGUGCAAGACUCCUGGCGAGCGUAUCCGUCAGACGGAGAACCGGGCGACGCGCUGCAAGGUGGAGCGCCUGCAGCUGCUCAUGCAGCAGAAGCGGCUGCGCCGGAAGGCCCGGCGGGACUCGCGCGCUCCCUACCACUGGCUGCCCAACCGUAAGUCCGGCCGCAGCAACAGCAACAGCAGCAUGUCCAGCGAGGGCUCCCUGGACCUGGACUUCGAGGACUCGGUGUGGAAACCUGACGUCAAGGCUGACAUGAAGACGGAGUAUGUUAUGGCGUAGAGCGGAGGAGAGUGGAGGAAACGCGUGAGGAAAGGAUGCGGAGAGGUGUUUGCUGAUGAGAGGAUGUGGACUUGAGGUGGCAUAGAAACGACGAGGAAGAGGAGGAGAUGAGGAACACUUCUCCUUGUGUCUAAAGACUUGUUUGGCACUCAAAAGUGUUUUGCUUUUGUUGACUUCUGUGGGGACAUAAAAAAAGAAAUAAACACAAGAAUAACGUUUUGGGACAAAGACAGGACACCUGUGUUUUGAGCAUACAAAUGCUUGCUGUCCUAAGACGAAAAAGACGGAAAAAAAAACUAAGCAUAGCAGACUUGGUGUAUUUUCUUUUUGUGUCUCUUUUUUGUUUGUUUGAUUGUUUGUUUUCUAGCUUUCCAAGGAGAACUCUGGAUGGAGAUUCAAACUGCUAAACUGGACUCUCAGUGUACUGAACAGACAAAAAAAGAUGCAGGUCUCAAUCCUGCUGUCGUACAGAAUGGGCAUUUGCAGUCUCCAGAUCACCAACCAGAGUUGUGUUAUUUCUUAGAGUUUUUUUUUUCCUUUUUGUUUUCAUUUUCAGAACGUAUUUUUUCUAAGGAAAUAUGUAGCAUUGUUCACAAAGCAUUCAGGUUUUUUCGUACAGUUGAAAGGUAUUUUAUUUGCACAUAUCUAUGAUUUCGUUUUGGUGGCUGGUUGGAAGCGUGGAAGGUGUGGAACGGAGCCUCCAGUGGCCACGACUUCAGAGGACAAACAGAACAGACCCAAGGAAAUGCAUGUUUCCCAUCUAAAACAAGUGGAUCUCAAAAAGAAACCCCAGCAACAGCUCAUAAAUAGGAACCAUUUAUAAUUAAAGAAUAAUAAAUAAAAGAGAUAAAAGUCAUGCCGAGGGUUGUAAAAUCAAUGCCUUUGAAUAUAUAUAUAAAGAAAGAAAAUCGUCUAUUUUUGUUUCACUUUUUUAUCUGCUGUUUUCAAAAAACAGUUUCCCAAAAUGGCUUGGCUCAAGUCCUGGAAAAAAAUUGAUUUCUACAGUACUGUAAUUUAUGUUUUCUCUAGGUCACUUGUUUAACCAUUCAUUCAUUUACUCAUUGAAGAGAUCAUGUCCACAAAUAUGUCUCUUAUUUCUUACUGUAAAGUCACAACCUCUGUAAACCUUGGUAGGAGUUUUUUGUCUUAUUUUUAAUCAGCUGAGUGGAGUGGGUGUAUGUGGUUUGUAUUUUGUUUGCGUGCAUGUGGGUGUAUGCAUUUUUGUGGAUGACCGAGUAAAUGAACUCAAGUGUGGCCCAAAGUUUACUGUAGUUCAUUAUUUAGGCUCGCUCCAAAAUCACUUUCACUCUUUGCUCUCAACCACUUCACUUGGUUAAUGUGGACUGCAACAUCAUGCCAUUUCUUUCCACAAUCAUCACAUGUUCUCAAAGAGACGAUCUCUGGACUGCCAAAUAAAAACAGUAGUCAUUUGCAUUUGUCAUGGGUGUAUUGUAAAAGUAUUCAAGAGCUGUGUGUGGAUUGCAUCUCCAAAGAUGCAGCCAAACAUACUUGCCAGUCCAUGUUUAGGCCUUAUAGAUUCACAUGCUCUCCAAUUUAAUUGGGAGGAAAAAAGUACACAACAACAAGGGACACAAAAUUUCCAGUUUUGCGAGCUUCACUUCUAUUUCUAGUGCCUCCACCCAUAAAUUCAAGAACAUAUCAAAUCAGGCCCUUCACAAACUAGACAUUAUGCUGCUACUCGGGCUUUUGUGUUGGGGGUGGGGGGGGGGGGGGGUGUUAGAGUUUUCAUUGCAUGCAGAAGAGAGAAUUAUCUUGGACCUUUUGUAAAAUUUACAGACUUGGAACAAAAAGUGUGGUGCUGCGGAGAAGAUACACAUGCAUGACUUUGUGAAGAAAACACUGAGCUGCUUUUUUGUAGGGUAGGAUUUUAUUGAUUAGUGAUGCCAUGCGAAUCUGCGUCAUGCUCUGUCCAUCACAAACCAAAUUGGAAAACUGGACUCUAUGUGUGUAUUUCUCACUUGCAUCAUUGCUGGAUUAUAACUCUGAGCGGUCAGUUGUUCCUCUUUGAACAUGGGCAGAGAAGACUUCUUUUUGUGGUCAGCAAGUUCCACUUGUGAGAGGACAUUUUUCAGCAAGACGCAUGUGGACAAACAGGGAAAAUAAAAGAGUAUAUUGGACCAGUUUUAUUUUUACGCUGUUGUGGAAACUGCAUUAAAAAUGAGGGG